CUUCAUUUCAGGAACAUGUUCACAUCACCGGGUGGAUGACCAAGUCUGGAAGGGCAAUAUUUGAAUAGUGUCCUUAACACCACAUCUAAAGAGGACUGACCGUUGAAUUCAGUAACGGACAAACUACUGAUUUGUGAUGAGUUCCGAAGAAGAAACUACAAAUAUGACGGCAGGCCUGCCGACAGCUACUGCAAUGGAUACAGUUGCCAUGACAACUGCAGAACCCACCACCAAUGGAUCAUUCCACGUCCCGUUUUUGUGGAUCAUAGCAUUAUCUUCAGUUCUUGGUGGUUUGGUUGUUCUCUUAUGCAUCGUUGCUUGCUGUUGGCAGUUAUGGAAGUGUUACAGUAAACAUUUUCCUAAGGGCAACUUGAGGAUACCAAGGCCACAGUUUAUCUCCGAGGAGGACCUUACUAAAUCAGACUUCACCAUCAGCCCACAGAUAUUCUGGGAGGAACUCAAAUUGGAUGAGUUGGCUUUGGACGAUGAUAUGAAGAAGAAGAUGCGGAUGUUUCUUAUUCCGAGGAAUAAACUGUCCAUACAUAAACUGAUUGGUGAAGGCCAGUAUGCACAAGUCCACUUUGCCACCUUGGUCAGCCCAUCGUUUUCCUGCGAGCAGAAAGUGGCAGUCAAGAUCAUGAAAGAGCAUUGGACCGAUCAGGCCAGGCAUCUCAUUGAGGAAGGAAUGCUGACCGUAGAUUUACUCCACCCAAACAUCUUGACAAUCAUCGGCAUCAGUCUUGAGUUUGUCAACUCCAAGCAGAUAAGACCCUUGGUCGUCAUGCCAUUUCUCGAAAACGGAGAUCUGAACAGCUUCCUGAAGAACGUCCGACUUGCCAAUAACCAGGAGUUGUCCAUGCGCUGGCGGGUGGACUUGAUGGCCCAAAUAGCCUCUGGAAUGGAGUUCAUCGCCAGCAAGAAUAUCGUGCACAGGGACCUGGCAACCAGGAACUGCAUGCUGGAUGACAACUACACGGUGAAGGUAGCUGACUUUGGUCUGGCCCGGCAGAUGCAUGAUGCUGAAUUCUACAAGAUGAAGAUACGCCAGAGUAUCUCCUGCUCCUUGCCUGUCAAAUGGGUGGCCAUGGAGGGACUGAAUGACUCCAUCUUCACUACAAUGAGCGAUGUGUGGUCCUUUGGUGUCACCAUGUGGGAGAUUUUCACCCAUGCUAAGAUUCCGUAUCCUGGCCUGGAGAACUACAAAGUCCUGCGACAUCUCGAGUCGGGACAUCGUCUGUAUCAGCCGGAUGGCUGCCCUGAAAACUUAUACAAGCUGAUGUACAGCUGCUGGCGCAAGGACCCCUGCAUGCGGCCAACGUUUGGCUACCUGAGGGAGAAGCUGGAAGCCCUGAAGGUGACCCUGAGCACUGCGGAGGACACCUGGUCAGCAACCAUCGUCAGGAAGAAUCAUGGAGCCAAUAUCAGACAGGCCAAUGCCUUGUACCACAAUGCCUGGGUAUGAUCAUACUCGGUGACUGCUCUAUGUUCCGACACCCCUAUGUUCCGACAACCUAGAUUGUGUUACUCCCGGUUAGGGUUAGGGUUA